CCGCUGCAGCUAUUUGUGCGUCAGUUUGGCCGACACGAAUAAGCGAAGCGAUGAGUGGUCGAGGAAAGACUGGUGGAAAAGUUCGGGCGAAGGCGAAGACCCGUUCGUCGAGGGCAGGCUUGCAGUUCCCUGUCGGCCGUGUGCAUAGACUGUUACGCAAAGGCAACUAUGCUGAACGCGUUGGUGCAGGGGCGCCGGUGUACUUGGCCGCUGUCCUGGAGUAUCUCACGGCGGAAAUCCUCGAGUUGGCUGGCAACGCAGCCCGGGACAAUAAGAAAACCCGCAUCAUCCCCCGCCAUCUUCAGCUGGCUGUCCGUAAUGACGAAGAGUUGAACAAGCUUCUUGGCGGCGUAACGAUUGCCCAGGGCGGAGUACUGCCGAACAUCCAGGCCGUAUUGCUGCCGAAGAAAACCGAGAAGGCCGCUAAAGCAAAGUAAAUUUCAGAUUACCCAUUCCAGCAAUCCCAAAGGCUCUUUUCAGAGCCGCCCAUUUUUCAUUAAAAGCGCAAUGUUUCAUUCCAGA